AUGUCUUUGUCCGUCAUUGCCAUGGCCGGCGAUCAGCGAGUCCGUAUUCCGACCAUGCGUUACGACGACAACAACUCCCCCGUACAUCUAUAUGUCAACAUACAAGACGGCAACAACCUACGCGAGGUCGCUGUCACCAUCUACCCCGGAAGCCAACAAGUCUCGUGCGAGUUUGCCAUGACGAACAAUUCCGAGAUUAGCGCCCGCCAAGACGAGUUUCACUACGCGAAGGAACUGGUAGCGAGAAUACCGAUCGCGAAGCGGUCCGGCGAGGGCCAUCGGCGAGAACGCCCAUCGGCAUACGGCGACGACACAGGCCUAUUCUCAUCGUCGUAG